AUGCUCCGCUCAGCGCGAUACCUGGCUCGGUGCUCGACCAUAGUGUCUUCCAGCAGGAGAUGGGCCCACGCACCGUCGCUGUCCUACCUCAAGUCCGUCACCGCUGAUGACCUCCAGCACUUCUCCCGCAUCCUCCCCGCGACGUCUAUCAUCUCCACGCUCCCUCCCACGUCCGCGCCUGCGGACGACCUCGCGGCGUACAACGAUGACUGGAUGGGCAAGUACCACGGUAGGGCGAGCACCGUCCUCAAGCCGCGCUCGGUGCAAGAAGUAAGCGAGAUCGUGAAGUAUUGCAACGAGAAGGGGAUCGGGAUCGUCCCGCAGGGUGGGAACACCGGGCUCGUCGGCGGGAGCGUGCCUAUAGGCGACGAGGUUGUGCUUAGCCUGAGCAACAUGUCGAAGGUUCGGUCGUUUGACCCCGUCUCUGGCAUACUGGUCGCAGAUGCGGGCUGCGUGCUGGAAGCUCUGUCGGAAUAUAUUGCGAAGGAGGAUCACAUCAUGCCUUUGGACCUUGGUGCGAAAGGAAGCUGUCAGAUCGGCGGCAAUGUCUCCACGAACGCCGGCGGCUUGAGGUUACUUCGCUAUGGCUCAUUACAUGGGUCGGUCCUCGGGCUAGAGGUUGUUCUCCCCGACGGCACUAUCCUGGACCUGCUCACCACAUUACGGAAAGACAACACCGGCUAUGACCUAAAGCAGCUCUUCAUCGGCGCGGAGGGCACGCUCGGCAUCGUGACCGGCGUCUCGAUCCUAACUCAACCGACCCCACAGUCGACGAGCAACGCCGUGCUUGCCCUGCCCACGUUCGACAACGUCCUGCCGCUGUUCAAGACGGCGAAGCGGCAGCUGUCCGAGAUCCUCUCCGCGUUCGAGUUCUUCGACCGCGAGGCGUACGGGAUCAACAUCAAGCACAACGCGGGCCGGGCGCUGUCGAAGGACGAGAUCGGCGACGCGGAGUGCUUUGUGUUGUUGGAGACGAGCGGAGGUAGAAAGGAGCAUGACGAGGAGAAACUGAACGAUCUCCUCGAGGGACUGCUCACGGCCGAUGAACCUUUGAUCACCACCGGUGUCUUGUCCCAAUCACCGACCCAGUUCGCGUCGUUGUGGACGCUGCGCGAGGGCAUUACCGAGGCGGUAUCGAAGGAGGGCAAGGCGUACAAGUACGACAUCACCAUUCCUCUCCAGAAAUUCAAGGAAGUAGUGGACACGACGAGGGAGCACCUCCGUUCUAAGGGUCUUCUUCACGACAAGGCAGUUAGGCACGUCAUUGGUUAUGGUCACGUCGGCGAUGGCAAUCUACACCUAAACGUUGUCGCUGAUGCGUACUCGCCUGAAAUAGAAGCUGCUCUAGAGCCGUUCAUCUAUGAGCUCGUCGGCAAGUCACUUUCAUCCUUCAAGGGCUCAAUAUCCGCCGAACACGGUAUCGGCCGACAUAAGACGCAGCACCUGCACUACUCGAAGAGCGAAGCCAGCAUCGAGUGGAUGAAGAAAGUCAAAACGCUCUUUGACCCCAAAGGCAUCAUGAACCGGGGAAAAGUCGUCAUCCCAUAG